AGCUAGCCGCGCAACCCAGCGCCCCGGAGCUCGCGCCGCCGAGCGCCCAGGCUGUGGUUCCCGGGCGGGAUCCUGGGUUCCCCGCCUUCCCCGGCACCCGGGCGGGCCAUGCACUGGGGCUAGAGCGUAGCCGCCGGCAUGCUGCUCCCGCUGCUGCUCGCCGCGCUCUGCCUCGCCGCCCGCCCGGCGCCCGCGCACGCCUGCCAGCUGCCCUCGGAGUGGCGACCCCUGAGCGAGGGCUGCCGCGCAGAGCUGGCCGAGACCAUCGUGUAUGCCAAGGUUCUGGCGCUGCACCCCGAGGUGCCGGGCCUCUACAACUACCUGCCUUGGCAGUACCAAGCUGGAGAGGGAGGGCUCUUCUAUUCUGCCGAGGUGGAGAUGCUGUGUGACCAGGCGUGGGGCAGCAUGCUGGAGGUGCCCGCCGGUUCCCGGCUCAAUCUUACGGGUCUGGGCUACUUCUCCUGUCACUCCCACACGGUGGUCCAGGACUACUCUUAUUUCUUCUUUGUCAGGAUGGAUGAAAAUUACAAUCUCUUGCCCCAUGGAGUCAAUUUCCAAGAUGCCAUCUUUCCAGACACACAAGAAAACAGAAGGAUGUUUUCCAGCCUCUUCCAGUUUGCUAACUGUUCCCAAGGGCAGCAGCUGAUGACCUUCUCGAGUGACUGGGAGAUCCAGGAGGACAACAGGCUCAUGUGCUCCUCGGUGCAGAAGGCCCUGUUUGAGGAGGAGGACCACGUCAAGAAGCUGCAGCAGAAGGUGGCCACCCUGGAGAAGCGCAACAGGCAGCUCCGUGAGCGGGUGAAGAAGGUCAAGAGGUCUCUGAGGCAGGCGCGGAAGAACAGCCGCCACCUGGAGCUGGUGAACCAAAAACUCAAUGAGAAGCUGGUGGACGCAGGUGUUCAACAGCACAUCAAUGCCCUGGGCCGGGAGCCCGCGCGCGCCCCCUACCUGCACGGGUAGCAGGUGCAGGCGGAUGCCGGCCUGCCUUGCCCGAACCAGCGGAGGAGAGAAUAAAGGCCGGUUCUGUAACAUGCACUUACUUCAAACUUUAUAGGAGAUACCCGUUAGACAUUUGGUAGCAUCUAACAGGGUAAAACGGCAAGUCUUAGUUUAUUUCCCAUCGGGUGCUGCUCUUACUGGCCACUCGGCUUCAGACCCUACGUGUGGCAUGCCCUUUUUCUGUCCUGGUGCCACCCAAAUACCUUACAGCUCAGAGGCAGUGGGAUCCCCAGGUUCUGGCCCAUCCCGGGUCUGGCCUUCAGCCUCUAGGGAAUCUCUUCAUUGUGGAGAGAUCAUUCUAGAAAAGAACAUACACGAAGAUAUGACGGGACUCUGUUUUUAAUUUCAGAAGAGAGUCAGCGUGAGUCUCAGCAACCAGAACUGGCACAAGCAGGCAUUCUGGAGAGCCGCUGUUCUAGAGAACAUUCUGGAAUGUUCCGCUGCGUUUGCCCAUGGUUUUAGAAGCAGGGCGCCUACAUGCGAGUGUGCAGGGCACCCGUAGUCAAGUCAGUAUUUCCCUCACAGCCAAAGCAUGUUAAGGCUUAAUGAGUUCAUCACAGGUAAGGGAACUGAGCAGGGAGCUGAGCAGCUGGUAAUUGGUAAAGAUAAAUUAUAUCAGGUUUCCAACCCCAGCUCCCCAGGGCUGACAUGAUACUCACAGGCUGUUUUAAUCUAGAGAGUAAUUGUUUUGGUGGACACACCAUGUUUCAUGAUGCUGAGAGUCGCACUAGCAUCUCCUGCUUGCUUGGCAAGUCUCUACCGCUGGACUGCAUUCUCAGCCCCUCUGUACUUCGGACCCAGAUCUCUUUUGACAGACAUUUCAAGAUGUUUUCAGCCCUUGUUCCCAAAUUGGAGUUUAGCUCAGACUCUGUGGAGUCUUAACUCUGUUUGCUCAGCCUGCCACAUCUUCGAGUUCAAGGUCAAUGACCCCAACACACUGAGAUGGCCUGCUCUGCAAAUACAUCUCCCUGCCUGGUGGGAUUCAGAAAGGGCUUUGUCCAGGUAUUCCAACCCAAGCUUCUACACAUACCCCAAGCCCCUAUCCCAGAAACACACACAUGCUCUCUGCCCAGGUUCCCCACAAAAAAAUCUGUGCAUAGCCUGAUAGAAAUAUUUGCAUAACAGUGUACUUUCGUUUAAUCAAUUCUUUAACAAAAAGUUUUCUUUGGAAAGAAAACUUCAAGGCAGUUCAAUAGAGCGCUCUCACUGUCCUUACCACUGCCAAGGUUGAUCACGCCUCAGCUGUAGCAUUCAGAAGUCAGCUGUGCGACUGUACUUCAUCUCCCCUGUUGCCCGCCCUUUAGACCAAAUGCCCUUCCAUGUUGUCCCCUCGAGAAAGAAUCCUUUGGCUCUACAAUGUCAACCUCCCAAAGUCCACUCCAGACACAUGAGGCUGAUAAAAUGGCUGUUACUGUCACACUGCUACCUUUCUGCUUUUAGGAAGUCCAGGCACCUCUCUGAGAAGUACCUUGUAUUGUAUGAGUAUUAUGCCCUUGGCUGCACUGGGGAUGAUGGGAACUUCUAUUUGGGGACCAAUUUUCCUCCACAGUCCCUUUAGCAGUGCUAUUCAUAAUUUGCUACAUAGAUGUGCCUUCUCGUUAAUUCUCCCUGGGAACAUUUCAUUAGAGUGGUUUUGUUACCUCCCAAGAGAAUGGCAGGCUUAGAGGUGGCAGAGCCACGACUCAGAGAAAUGUGGAGGCCAAGAUGCGUUAUGUUCUGCUUUUCCAAUAAACAUGAGCAGUGAUUCCAACAGCCGUGAGACAAUAAGCGUGUCUUUGGACCAUGGAGGUUUCAUGAUUUCCAGCUUCAGCCUGGAAAAGUGAUUUUGAGCCUUUGGGGAGACAUCUGGGAGUGACCCUGGGACACUGAGGAUUGUUCAAGCCUGCUCUCCUGCCAUUCCCUGAUGGAUGUGCCCUGAGUCUCCCUCCCUCUGGGUUUCCAUCUCUCAGCACACCUGUGCUCCUGCUCUUUGGCUCACGGGGGACAGGAGGUAUCGUUAAUCAGUGUCUUCAAACGUCUACUGAAGUCUUGCUAAAGGAGGCUUCCCGGGGCCCAUCAUCUUCUGCCUUGUUAUCUGGCCACAGCCCUUGCCACCUGUCACUCACAUGAGUGACACGUUUAAUGUUCCAUAAAGGGCUGACUCCAAGCAUCGCUCAGGACAUGGCACACUUUCUCCAGUCUGUUCUAGAACCUUCUGUGAAAUGCAGGCUACGGUCUCAUUUCCCUUCAAGGUACCAGAAGACAAAGUGUCUGUUCCAAAACUGCACAGUAAGCAAGAAGCAGGUAGACUCUCAAAUCUUCAAACGACAGUCCCCAGGAAGGUCCCACUGGUGAAGUGUGGACACCGUCGAGUGUAGGAACGAGGCUUCAUUAGCCCCACAGUAUGUGAGUGCCAAUGUCUUUGGUGGCUUCCCAUUCAGGAUACUGUGCUGUACUGUUUACUUCCUUUUAAAACACUUGUUUUAAACACCAGGCUAUAUUGCAUACACAUUAUGACCCCCACCUGGUAGAAAUUACUGGAAUCCAUGCAUCUGGAGCACAAGAGUUAUCUAGUUUUGAAGAGACAGAUUACAAAGUCAAAUCAACAAUGACUUUCAUUCAAAUGGCAGGAUCCACAACAAUUCAUAGUCUGUGGGGUAUUUGUUUUAUUUUUUUAUCAAAAUCAAGCACCCUAACUGCUAUGGAGUCACACACCUGUAAUCCUACACUUGGGAGGCAGAAGCAGGUGAAUCAUCAGUUUGAGGCCAGCCUGGGCUGUGUAGCAAGACCCUGACUCACAUUUCUCCCCUAAAAACACGAAAGCACCCCGGCAUAUAUUGGGCUCUUUCUCACAGAUUAUCUCAUUUAAUGUUCUUAAUAAUUUUAUAAAGUAGGAAGCUCAAUUCCUAUUCUCCACCAGGAAUCUAAGGUUUCAGGAAAGAAAAGGCUCAAGGUGCACAGCUGUGCGGGUAGUUAAACAAGCCCUCAGCUCUCCCUUCACUUCGCUCCGUACCUGCUCCUCUGUGUUAGGAGGACUGGGCUGUCACUCACAUGCGCAGUUCUGACACGCGUCGAAUCCCUUCUGAUUACUUCUACUUUUUAUUAUCAACGUUUACUGGAAAGGUUCCGUGCGAGUCACAACAAGGAAGUUUAUCAGACUAGAAAUGAGGGAGGGUGACUACAAUCAACCAUAGUACAUGACAUACCUGUACAUAUGUGCUACACAUGUAUACAAAAGUCACAAGUCAAUCAUUUUGUACAUGAAUAUGACAUAAUCAAUUUUCUUGGCAAGAGACUAUUUGGUAGGAUUGCAUAUCAUUUUCUUAUUGAUCCCCAUAUGAAUCUUUGGCCCCCCUUUUUAAACCUACCAUUGCUUUAAAUAAAAUUCUAAGCAUC